AUCCUCGAGGUAGACUUAUCCUAUUUCACAGAGGCUAUAUAGGCCCUGCCCACAUUCCUUUGCUGUCCCCCGGCUUUCCAUACCCAAUCCCUCAGCUCUAGCAGACUUUCGUUGUGUUCUUUGUCCUUGCGACUCAGUCGACAGCUUCUCGAACAAAUUCGGUGUCAAUGGUGCGCGGAUUGUCUCCCCGCGACGCCAUCCUCGUCCUCCUCGGCGCGGCAUGCAUGCACAUUGCCUCUACAAUCUUCGCUCCAUUCUCUGAGCCAUCCUCUAUCGUCGUCAACACUCACGUAACUUCGCACUCUGGAAACCCAGAUGACUUUCGAAAUGGAAUCUAUGAGGUCGUACACCCGGCACCCCUCGAACAUCCGGACGUGAACGCUGCGGCCGAGUACCCACCUCCAGGACUACCACUCGACUCCAAUCCUUCGAUUUCUCAACGGCCUCCAACUCAAGUCGAGGUUCACGUGGAUAUUGAGGCAGAAAUCCCAGAGACGACACUCGUAUCGCACGCACCAGGAUGGACCAUCUUCCGCAACCUCUACAUGGCCGACGGAACCCUCUUCAUCGUCACAUCUAAACCCGAACUCUUCCCAGCCAUCUCUCUAAUGACUUCAACAGGCCUACCAGCAGAAAACACGCCCGAAUCCAUCGAAGCACGUAUGCCUACGGAUCGCGAUAUGACUGUCAUCACACCUGCAGAGGCAAGAGCGCGGUGGGGAGCAGACAAGUCUGUGGUCGGAGAGAGGAACAGGUUGUUCCCCGUUUCGGGAUCAACGCUCUUGUUCAAUGACCCCCCACAAUUUAUCGACCAUUACUACCACUUCUGCGCCGAACUCGUCUUCGGCGUCCAAGCCUUCUGGACCGGCGCCCACAACGCACGCAUAACCCUCCCCACCUCCUCCGCCGCCGCCGACCAAUCCUCCAUCCACUCCACCGCCCCUCACAUCUCACGCGCCAUCUUCGCACACACUCGUUCCCAAGAAUGGCGCGACAAACCCGGCUUCAACGCCUACUUCCUCCGUGCCGCCUUUCCCUCCCUAACCGUCGAAACGCAAGAAGACUGGGAGGACCGGAUUUUGACGACAAGGUCGAAGGCAUUGGGCGGUGGGGGAGAGGGAGGGAGGGGGAGGGCUUGGUGGUUCGAUGAGGUGUUGUUGACGGAUCGGAGCGCGGCGUUUAGAGGGACUGAGUGUGGGGCCGUCACGCAGCGUACGGCGGCUGAAGCGAUUUUAGGCGUCAAGGACACGCUCGAUCGGCAUUGGUGGGAGCCUGUUCGUCGUGCUGUGUUGCGUUUUGCUGGCAUCGAUGGUACUAUCCUAAGUAUUGGAGAUCGUCAGGAGGAGCGGAAAGACGAGGGGCUGAGGCCGGACAGGGUCGUCGUUUCGUAUAUUGAUAGGCAAGGGAGCAGGAGGCAUUUGAUUCAGGAGCAUCAUGAGGGGUUGGUCGCGGCGUUGGAGGAGGUUUGUGCGAGGAGGGGGUGGGAGCUGAAUGUUGUGCAGGCGGAGAAGUUGACGAAGGAGGAGCAGCUGGAGGUUGCGGCGAGGACUACGUUCAUGUUGGGUGUUCACGGGAAUGGUCUCACCCAUCUAAUCAUGAUGCCCCUAACCCCCAUCUCCACCGUCAUCGAGAUCUUCUACCCGGGUGGUUUCGCACACGACUACGAAUGGACAGCCCGCGCGCGAGGCAUGAAACACUUCGCGGUAUGGAACGACACGUACGCCGCACAUCCCGAUCCGAGGGUCAAGGACCCGAAUUAUCCGGACGGAUUCCAGGGGACGCAGAUUCCCGUACAUGGGCCGACGGUGGCGAGGAUAUUGGAGGACCGGUUCGAUGGGGUGCUGUAGGAUGGUGGGUCGAUGGGUGAGGUGAGGUGGAGGGAGGGAGGUGAGGUGUGUGUCUGUGUACUUUUAUUUUUGCUCUGGGGAUUGAGGUCGUGGUACUGUGUCGACUUCCGAGGCGCAUUGCAAUGAGUCGUCUGCUAACUCUGGCCGUGACGGUGCUCAGAAUCGAACGCUUGAAGCUUCGUCUCGCGUAAUUUAUGAUCUCUUGUACUCUGAUAUCCUGGCUGCUCUUCUCUCUCCCUUAUUCUUUUCGGACAGUCUCGUGAAUAGCCCACCUGUUUGUGGCGCGAGAUGUCCUGUACUUCCUAGCAUCGUCUAGGAUGUGUUUCGAUAUUCUGACCGAGUUUGGGUUCGCUCGCUCGCUCGUUGUGCCUUUGUUUAUACUAAUAUAUACAGUAUAAAUCAGUCUCAGUUGUGCCACGAGUCUGCUUGCUCGAGCUGUCGAUUAAUUUUAUUCUACUGUAUGUUUUGCGCCGACCGCUCUGAUCUGUCCUUACCUGUUUCUACCUGACGCUUGCUGUCACACUGUCAAUGCCAAUGCGAUUCUACACUCUCCGUUAUUAUUGUGGAUCCCUUGUUCUGAUUCGUUGCGUACAUGUCUUU